AUGUCUCCCACGAAGCAGCUCACCAAGGCUGCCCGUAUUAUCCUGAUUGGGGCUCCGGGUGUAGGCAAAGGAACACAAUCUGAACGACUGCUAUCCCGUUUCCCCCAGCUGGCCUCAAUCAGCUCGGGUGAUCUCUUGCGCGAAAAUGUGCGCCGACGCACACCACUCGGUAUCCAAGCUGAGGCCACGAUGCAGUCUGGAAACCUCGUUCCAGACUCUAUGAUUCUGAACUUGAUCUCGGAUGAUAUGAAAACCAAGGGCUGGCUCCUACCACAAUCCGAAUCCUCCACCUCAGCUACCUCAUCCUCGCCUGCAAUCGACCCCUCCGCUUCUUUCAUUCUCGACGGGUUUCCUCGCACAGAAAGCCAAGCCACAAGCCUGGACAACCUAGUACCCGUGAACUUUGUCGUGCACCUCAACACUCCGUCCUCAGUUAUCCUCUCCCGUAUCGCAUCCCGCUGGGUCCACGAACCCUCAGGGCGGGUGUACAACACAGACUUCCAUCCGCCCAAGGUGCCAGGGAAGGACGAUGUCACUGGCGAGACACUGACACAGCGACAAGACGACUCAAUUGAGACAUGGCAGCAGCGGCUACGAAAGUUCGAGGAAACAAGCAAGGCUCUUCUGGAGCAUUAUGACCGCCGGAGUGUUCUCUGGCGGGUGGAGGGCAACAGCAGCGACGAGAUCACUCCGCAAUUAUUUGCAGAAUUCGAGAAGCGGUUCUGCUGA